UCGCUGAAAGUUGAGUCACAGAUAAGGAAGAGGUAGCGGCAUUUUAUUAUGAAUAUCAAUAUUUCUGUUUUAUAUAUUAUGUAUAUAUGUGUGUAUAUAUAAUUAGGAAUUACACAGUGUAGUGCAUUUGAGAGUUGUGAAGUAGAAGUAUUUGAAAAUCAUUUAAUCUGUUAAAUUCUGCUUUCUAAAAAAGUUUUUAGUCCUACCAUUGAGUUAUCAAUGUCUGUAUUAAACCCAACAGUAUGUCUUCAGUGGAGAUGGCAGACUUCACUUCAGUUUGUCAGAUUUAGGAAACGAAUAAAUAUUCAGAGACCAGCUGCACCACAUUAUGAGAAAGCCAAAGUACUAAAAGUUUGUAAACCAUAUUAUUUGAACCCAAGGGAAGGGAUGUCUUUGGCUGACUUAUGUGAAAAACCAAUUGAAGUUCAACCGCGCAAUGAAGAUGUGGAAAAUCCAUAUGAAAGGAUUUUAGCUAGAGAGGUGUUGAACUGGUUCAACCAUUCUAGACUGGUUGCUUUCUUUCAUUCAAAUCCAAUAUCUGCAGAAGACAGAUUCAGAACUAAUAUUAUGUUGAAGAAGCAGAAUAUGUAUUUGAAGCAGUAUGGAAAAAAGGUAAUGAGAAUGGCUUUAGAAGAUACAAAGUAUGAACCAGUUCUCACACUGUUUGUAUCAAGAAAUUUUAUGGUGUUCAGUCCGGAGCUUCAAGUGGGAAAACUGUUAAAAUUAAACAGAAGAAUUCCACAGCUUAUCCUUAUGGCUGCCAUUGUAGAUGAUAGGUUUAUGAGUGUGAAUGAACUGGUGAAAUAUAGCAAUAUGCCAGAUCUGAAGACAGCCCAAGCUGGACUCGUUGCAGUUCUCAAUGCAGCUGCUGUACAGUUGACGCAGAAUCUGACACAUCAUCAGCAGACUUUGCUUGGACACUUACAGAAACAUAUUGAGCUGCAGCAGAAGAUGUCAAAUGAAGAAGAAGCAUAGUCAUGAACAAACUCAUGUUUACUUCCUGAAGACAUCUUUAAUUGGCUCCCUGCUUACCCUUGCAGCUACAUUGAAAUGGCAUAAAAUCUUCGCUGUUGCAGUAGUUGUUUAAUAUAACUUUUUACCUUCUUUGCUGUAUAUAAAAUAAUAAAGAACAUUCUUUAUUA